AGGUAACACUUUGCCUGUAACACUCCAAUAGCAUUAUACUGUGCGCAGGAGAUAUAUAUUUUUGGUUCUUUAAUACACGGCGCUAUACAUUGUAGAUUAGGAUAAUUCCUUCGCUCUGUCAAGAUUAUAAAACCGGAUUAAAGAUUAAUCUAUGUAUCUGAUAAAAUCAAACGAAAUUUCCUUUUUCGUUUUAAUGAAAUAUCGUUAUAUGAUCGCUUGAUAAAACGAAUAACGUUCGAUUUUAGGAUAUUAAGCAAACAGAAGUUUUGAGAGUCGCGCGUGAGUGUCGUGGGAUACUAUUGAAGACUAUUUCAAACCGGCUGUGUGUUUUUGUUCGUUUCGGAUUAGCGUAGACUUCAUUUGGAAUUAUAUCAAAACAAAAAAGAAAAAUAUUUAAUGAAGAAAAAUAUUACUAUGUAGAUAUAUUUGACAUGUAGGUGUCCAAAAAGGAAACGUUUUUGACGAUGUGAAACCAUAUAUUAUUAUAGCAACAGCAGACAAAAUAGAACAAAGUUGAUAUAUUUUAAGCACUCGUUUUUUGGAGUUAUAUAAAUUCUGUGUUAAUUAUUUGGAUUAUUUAUAAAAAAAUUGGAUUUACUCAGUAACUGUGGAUUUUAAUAAAUUACAGAGGAUGACCCAAAAGAUGAUCUUGACAAGCGUGCUCGCAGUUUUGGGAUUGUGCACGUGCGCACGAGCAAUAGCUGUAUGUUCGACGACAGGGCCUUUGGGUAUGAUUACAGGAGAGAUGAAGGACUGGCAAAUAACAGCAUCAUCUGCGUACCCGUAUGAAUGGGACAACAAAUGCAGGGAAAAAUAUGCUAGAGUUUACUUAGAAAACAAAUACGGAUGGUGUGCUAAAUAUAAAUCUUCCUCGGAGUGGCUGCAAGUUGACCUUGGCGUUGCCUCAAGGGUAACGGGUGUUAUGACACAAGGUCGAGCAGACGGCAACGAAUGGGUGACGGCGUUCAUGGUGUCAUACAGUAUGAACCGUUUUGAUUGGUUCUAUGUGAAUGACCAAUACGGCAAUCAAAAGGUUUUUGAAGGUAACACAGAUUCGUACUCUGUGAAGCACUCGUAUCUGGACGAACCAAUUGUUGCUAGAUUCAUUAAAUUCCAUACAGUGCAAUGGAACAGACAUCCUAGUAUGAGAGUAGAAAUAUUAGGUUGCCAAUUGUGUAAGCAGCCACUAGGACUUCCUCCAUACGGAAAGUUGACAGCAUCAUCUUACAAGAAGAGCGCCCAAUCGUGUCAACCGGAAGACGGAACCAUUCUCAGCCACAAAGGAUGGUGUGCCAAGAAAAAGAAAAAUGCCCAAUGGCUGCAAAUUGAUAUUGGUCCACCGACUUUGGUGACAGCUGUCAUUACUAAAGGCCGAGGUGACUCUAAGAGGAGUCACUGGGUUAAAAGAUUCAUGCUUUCAUACAGUAAUGACAGCUCUGUUUGGUACAAAUACAAAGAUGCCCACCAUCUUGAUCCAAAGAACGAGUGGUUAUGGACACCGACGUAUAAUGCGUCUACAUCACAAUUAAUUCCCGACCAGUACACGGAUGAGGGCCUGAUUUUUGGCGGGAACAGUGAUAAGGACACGGAAAGGAUCCACUAUCUAAACGCACCGUUUGUGGCAAGGUUUAUUAGAUUCUACCCGAUAGAGUGGAAUAAGAAAAUUGCCAUGAGAGUUGGGCUCCUUGGAUGUCCGUUUAAAGGAAAGUGCCCAGAUGGAUUUAUGCGGGUUAACGAAGAUUCUCCGUGUGUUGAGAACCUGGCAUACAAGAAACGAGCUCAAAUCAGUUCCAGUUCACGUCACAACAAGAGACAUAUCAGCACAAAGGUUGUAUCACAGGAACGAGCCUCCCAGGCGGUAGACGGGCGUCUCGAACAAGGUUUAAGAUUCUGUACAAUCCUAGAUAAUUUAUAUGGUGAUGUUUUUACCAUUGACCUUGGCAGGCAACAGAAUGUGAAUGGGGUUCUUAUUUACACAUGGCAAGGUGAAGGUGAAGAUGGUGUAAGUGCGUACAAAGAUUAUAUGAAUAAUCUAGAUAAAUUGCUCGUUUACGUUGAUGAUACGGGUGGCAAAGAUAAAAAGAAAGACCCGGACUCCACACCCCAAUUGUGCGCUCAUAUUUCAAGACGGAACGAAGCUUUGUUUAGGCCGGUUCUUCAUUUCCCUUGCAUGAGGGCAUUGAAGGGACAGAAAGUUUUAAUAGAAGCUUGGAAUGUUCUUAACGGAUGGAAUAGAAUUUUCAGUGCCGUUUUAUGCGAAGUACAAAUCUAUGGGUAAUUUGUCGAAGAAAAAAAAGUAAAAAAAGAAAAAGUGCAUCUAUCAUUGACUGAAAACAAACAGACCUCGGUUGUAUUGUAUAGAUUAUUCAACUGUGAUUCUUAUUUAAUUGAACAAAUAUUAUAAUGACUUCUGCGUUCAUGUAUAAAUGUAUACAAUACUGUUUGCAUGACGUUCGUGUUUGUUUUUCAAGACAUAUACGUAGGGUACCAAAGUAAAAAUAAUGACAGGGUAAUAGAAUUUUUAGGGGAAACUAUCCAUAGAUGAGGAACCAGAUAAAAUAAGAGAAGACUUCUUAAAAGGACUUGAAAAUGUGUUCAGAGUAGCAAGGACAACUAUAAAUGAAAAGUGGCUACUCGAAGGAACAAUUAGAAUGUAAAUAACAAGUUAAUAUAAGGCCAGCAAAACAGUGUUAAGUUUUUACACUUGUGUUUAUGUAUUUCAAACACGAUAUUAUCAUUUCGAUUUAAUGUUUACAAACUUUACCAUGUAACCUCGUGCUGAGGUUAUUAAGUUGUAAACAAGUUGCAGACGAUAUAUAUAUGCAACACGUGACAGCCUUUGCUGUAACUGUACAGAUGUGUGUGCUAGGAACGUUCAAAUAUGAUUAUAAACUCUAUGUUAGAGAAAAAGAAGUCCAUUUGAAUAAUCUAGCAAAUAUAUUAAUAUGAGAUGAAGUAUAAACGUUGUGAUGUUUGGGCAUUUUCAUUACCCAAAAUGCCAGUAUUUUGUCAUAAAUACUACACAUUAGCAUAAAAAAGAUUAUGUAAGAGAACUCAAAGGCAAGAGUUCAUGUGUUUGUGAUUUAUUUCAAAUUUUCGUGUUAUGCCAAAGUUGUGCAGGAGAAUAACAUAGACUAUAGGACAAUGUUUAUAAUAGUAGACUUUUAUAUAAACUUUCACCUGUUUGUUUUUAUACAUAGAGAUUAGCAUGCUCCGUAUGAAAUUGAAUAUUAAUUAGUAUAUAAGUGAAAAACUGGUUUUUAUUCUAAUCCUACAAUGAAUAGGUCACAUGUUAAUUAAGUAUGCAAAUUGGUUAUUGUUGACAGUAGAUUAAUAUAUAUAAAAUCAUACACAUGUCAAUUGUGUUUGCUGGGUAAGGAGUUGAAUUGUUUAAAAUAUAUUACAAUUCACAUGUUGUGUACAGGUUAUUUACAAAUGUACAUCUAUCUUAAAAAGUUAAUAUUUUGUAAGUGUAUUACUAAAUUAAUUACAUGGUCAGUAAAAACGCGAUGAAAAACGAACUUGCUUUCACUAUUGUGUAAAUGUCAGGUCUUAAUUUGGCAUGUCUUAACGUCAAAAUAACAAGCGUUUUAAAAUUAAGAUAAACUUAGAUAAAAGUGCAUAUAACAUGUGAUUGUACCUUUUCGCAAUCUUUCUCAAAUUUCGUCUUGGGUAUAUUUUUUUCAUUGUUACAGAUCAUUUCUUUCUGACAAGUUCAAGACAUGUUUAAAGUAACAAAUGACUCUUUCAAAUUGUAUACAGACACAUGUCAAAAUCAUGUUCAGAUCAGAUACAAAAACAAACAUUUGACUUGUCUAUCUAAAACCAAGAAUCUAUUUUAAACAAAGCGUUUUACGACAAAACAUAGUAUAUAUAUUUUGUUAAUUGUUUGAAAAACGUUAGUGUUAUUUUUCUAUGGUUUAUCCAGUUUCAUUUAUUUCACAGACAACGUAUUAUAAAAGGUAAAAUUCGAUACAAUUGUAGGACGAUUUUGCUUUGUAGAAACUACCCCUGCCCCUGUAACAUCAUGGUUAAUCCCCCGGAAUCUCUGAAUCAUGUUAAAACAUAUCGAAUCUCAUCUUCAUCACUUGUUUUGUAUAUUCAAUCAUUUUAAGCCUCUCAGGAUUUCGAGUAUUUUUUUCAGAACAAAAUAAGUGUUAUAACUAAAAUGGAACAAAAAUCAUGUUAGAAACAUCAAUGUUUUAAGAAAUAGCUAUAAGCUCUUUAAAGUUAAGAACUUUAAAUUUGACGUUAUUGAAUUUUGUUUCUGUAUAAUAAUGCUUUAAUGCAAAUCAGUUUCUGGUUUUCAAAAUAAAAGAGCAUUUUAAAUUUUCUUUCUUGUAUUUAUAUAUUUUUGAACAAAGAAAUUUCAUUUUAUCACGUGGUUCUUACACGUUUUGAAAAUAUCAUAUUUUUCUCAUUACCCAUUCCAUUUUAGGUGUACAUAUAGCAUCCAUGACAUAAAUCGAUAAUGUACUGGAUAUUAUACACACAUAUACAUGUUUUCCCGCGUAAAGUUUUUUCAUCAAGUCGCCAGCGCUGCUAUAUCAUUAGGGAAAACAUUCAAAAUUGUCUGCUUUAUUUUAGUAAAUGUUAGGACGAGUUUCUGCUCUUUUUCUUUCAGAAAUGAUUUCUGUUUUUUAGAAUUUGACAACUUUUCUUUGAAAGUAAUCUUUAGUUCUGUAUUUGUUUAAAGCUUAGUAAUCUUUGUUCUAAGUCUUGUCGAUAUUUUACAAUUGUUUUAUUAAUUGACAUGUAACUUUUACCUAUUUUAGAUAACUGUGUUCAGUGUCAACACGUCACUUGAAUACCUCUUCUAUCAUUUCAUGAAACCAUCUUUUUAUUCUUAUUAUUUUAAGAAGACACUUCGACGUCAAACGCUUGCAGGCUGCUUUGCAAAGACAAACAUAUUUUAUAAUUUGUUACAUUGCUCCAUUUAUUUAGUUUGUCUUAAGUCAAUCUAUGUUGUUUUCAGAGUCAAUUCUUAUAUAUUUUGGACCUUUGUUCGGAAACAUUUUUUUUGUUCCACCGAUUUCCAAAGUAAAGAGAUGAUUUAAUAUUCUUUAUCUAACAAUAUCAUUUAAAAUAUGAUCUCAACUGAACAAAAAAAUAUAACAACGCUAAAAAAAUAAAAUGUCUGAAAAUAUUUAUUUAGUCCUGUAAGGAUUUCGCCAGAAUUCAUUAUUGGGCAGAAUUCGUUAUUUGGAAGACAAAGCAGACAAUUUAACUUUUAAGCACUAUUUUUUCCCUUCUGCCAAAAUUUGUACAAUGACGUUUAUGACAACUUCAUAGUUACCCCGGAUAAUUAUAGUGCUUUAGAAAUGUAAAACGUAGCAAGUUUUACUAGAGCAAAUGACUUUGAAUAUUAUGUUGUCUUUAAAUUAAUAAAUGUGUGUUGUUCGAUUUAAGUUCUUUUUCAUAUUUUGUAUAUACUGUUAUAUUUGUGUACAAUACGUUACCGUAAAAAUAAAUUAUAAACACGUUUA